AUGGGCAGGCGCGGAGGCAGAGGCGGUGGACGCGGUCGCGGCCGUGGCAGCCGCGGCGGUUAUGGCGGCGGAUCUCGUGGCGAUUGGAAGGAGGUUGAGAAGCACAACGUCAACUUCGAGAAGUACUACAAUGAGCUUGGCAUUGUGCCCGAGGAGGAGCGUGAGCAGUUCUGGACAGCCUUGAAGAAGGAAUUGCCCAACAGCUUCCGCUUCACUGGCUCCAAAGGCCAUGCCCUCGCCGUCCAGCAGCGCCUGAUUGACCAGUACAUCCCGGAAAUCACCAAGGUUACCUUCGACGGCCAGAAGGUCGAGCCCCCGACCCAGCUCGAGUGGUUCCCCGAGAAGCUCGCCUGGCAGAUGACCACCCCGAAAAACGUUAUCCGCAAGUUCCCUCCCUUCGCCUCCUUCCAAAAGUUCCUCGUUUCCGAGACCACCGUUGGCAACAUUAGCAGGCAGGAGGUCGUCAGCAUGAUCCCUCCGCUGCUUAUCGAUAUCAAGCCUUGGCAUACUGUGUUGGACCUGUGCGCUGCUCCUGGUAGCAAGUCGGCGCAGCUGUGCGAGGCCAUCCAUGCAGGCGAGGAGGCUCGUAUCCGCAACGUUCUGCGCAAGCUCGCACCGGAGCUGGGCCGCGAAAUCAGCCCUGACGGCGCCGAGGUUGAGGCAGAGAAGGAUCAGGUCGGAGAGCAGGAGGAUGAUUCCGACGAUGGCAGGGCGACUGGUCUUUUGGUCUGCAACGAUGUCGACAACAGGCGCGCCCACAUGCUGGUCCACCAGGUCAAGCGUUUGAACUCGCCGAACUUGAUCGUCACCAACCACGAUGCCACGCUUUUCCCCUCGAUCAGAAUCCCUUCGGAGCAGGGCCAGCCUAACAAAUACCUGAAGUUCGAUCGUAUCUUGGCUGAUGUCCCAUGCUCUGGAGACGGAACAGCACGCAAGAACCCAGGUGUUUGGAAGGAUUGGACUGCGGGCAACGGCCUUGGACUCUACAUUACGCAGCAGCGCAUUCUUGUCCGUGCGCUGCAAAUGCUGAAGGUCGGAGGUCGUGUUGUUUACUCGACCUGCAGUUUGAACCCCAUCGAGAACGAGGCCGUGGUCGCGAGCGCUAUCGAUCGCUGUGGUGGUAUGUCCAAGGUCCGCAUCAUUGAUUGUAGCCAGGAGCUUCCUGGUCUGAAGAGAGUUCCCGGCUUGAGCACCUGGAAGGUCAUGGAUAAGCAGGGUCGCAUGUACAGCUCCUUUCACGAGGUUGCUGCCAAGCAGUCGGAACAGGGCGAAGAGAAUCUGAAGAAAAUCGUCGAGGGCAUGUUUCCGCCUAAGCCCACAGAGAACGAGGAGGAAAGGAUACCGCUUGAGCGUUGUAUCCGCGUCUACCCUCACCUUCAGGACACUGGCGGUUUCUUCAUCACGGUCAUUGAGAAGAAGGAGGAGAUCAGAGCUCGCCCCGAGUACCAGGCAAGCGCCUCCGGCGCAAGGACUGUUCCUACGGCGCCGAUCACGAACCUGGUCAAUGAGAUUGAGCAGAAGACGGAGAACGGAGAGAAGCUGGAGGGGCUCAAGUCUUUGGAUGAGGUCACGAACACCGACAGCAAGGCUGAGAGCGCUCCGGCUGAAGGCAACGACCCUGCCGCAGUGCGAAGCAACUUGCCUCCGCCGUCUCCUGUUAAGCGAAGCUUGGAAGAUUCUGAGGCCGAGGGCCCCGCUGCCAAGCGCACCAAGGUCGAUGUUCCGCCAGAGCAUGAGGAGGUGCCACCUGCUGUUUCGACACGCGAGAACAAGGCUGAAGGCUCAGCAACUGAUCUGUCGAAGCCAGAGAAGAAGAGGCGGGAUCAGCCGCACGAGGAGCCUUUCAAGUACCUCGACCCCAAGCACGAGGUCUUGGAGGACAUCUUCGGUUUCUACAAGAUUGCCCCCAGGUUCCCUCGCGAUCGCUUCAUGGUCAGGAAUGCGUCUGGAGAACCUGCCAAGGCGGUCUACUACACAUCCACCCUCGCACGAGACAUCCUUCAGAUCAACGAGGGCAAGGGUAUGAAGUUCGUUCACUGUGGUGUGAAGAUGUUCAUGAAGCAGGACGCCCAGGGUCAGGAUAUCUGCAGGUGGCGUAUCCAGUCCGAGGGUCUUCCGAUUGUUGAGCCCUGGGUUGGCGAGGAGAGGAUUGUCCGCCUGUACAAGCGCGAGACGCUUCACAAGCUCCUAAUCGAGAUGUUCCCCAAGGUUGCGGGUGACGGAUGGCAGGAACUUGGUGAGAUUGGCGAGAGGGUGAGAGAUAUUUCUAUGGGUUGCUGCGUCCUUAGAGUGGAGAGCAGCGACGCCGAGGACGGAUUCAAGGAUCGCCUGGUUCUUCCGCUGUGGAGGAGCAUCUCUUCCUUGAACCUGAUGUUGCCGAAGGAAGAUCGCAAGGCUAUGCUCCUUCGUCUUUACAACGAUAACUCGGAGCUCAUCGACCACUCCAAGAAGUCGUUCAACAAGCCCAGCGAGUCUGAAGCGAAUGGGGAGUCUGGCGAAGCCAUUGAUGCUGAUGUGGCGUCGGGUGCUGCCGCAGAGGAAGAAGUCAUUUCGGCCGAGGACAGGGCUGAUGCAGCCAAGCAAGAGGAGAAGGAUGAUACCCGGGAAACGGCAGAGGGGGAUGUUGUCGCACGGGAGGACGACGUUGUCAACACCACGGUCUGA